GGCGCGCCAACCGCAUUCCGCGUUCAACGCUCAACGCAAACACACGCACUCACAACACUCAACCAUGUCUUACGAGAUCGCUUACUCGCUCGCAGACGACGGCCCGCAGCCCGUCUCGCGCACUUACCAAUAUCGCAAAGUGAUGAAGCCGAUGCUCGAGCGCAAACGCCGCGCUCGCAUCAACCGCUGCCUCGAUGAACUCAAGGAGCUGAUGGUCAGCGCCCUUCAGUCGGAGGGCGAGAACGUCGCUAAACUGGAGAAAGCUGAUAUUUUGGAAUUGACCGUUCGUCAUCUGCACAAACUUCGCCGCCAGCGUCGCCUGUCACUCAACCCGACUGUGGACGCCGACCGCUUCCGUGCUGGAUUUACUCACGCCGCAAAUGAAGUGUCCCGCUGCCUGGCUUCCAUUCCUGGAGUGGACGUGAGGUUGGGAACUCAGCUGAUGACACAUCUUGGACACAAGCUGAACGAUAUGCAGCGCGCUGCCGCGGGAUCUGACACGCCGCCAGCGAGCCCACCCAGCCCCGCUCUGUCGACCUCCUCAUCAUCCUCUGGAUACGUGAGCCCGUCUCCGCCGGCGUCGCCCGUGCACAUGCACACGCCCCUGGACUGCACGACCAGCGCGACCUUCACCAAGGCCCCAGCAGUGUGGAGGCCGUGGUAAGCCGCAGCCCCGGGUCAGGGGGCCGGCUCCGCGGUCACAUCUGUUUAGCGCCGUUCGGAGCCGCCGCUCCUCAAUGUGUCCACCCUGAUCCAAGUUCAGUGUUGCUCAUGUGAAGUUGAAGAUGACCAGAUCUCACGAUAAAUUAGUGUAGGGAAAAUAGUUCGUAAGUUGAACAAGAAGCUUUAAUAAAAGUAGCCUAUAAGACUAUUUGUGAUAUUAAA